AUGCAAUUCUCAACGAAUCGACAAACAGUUUCAGUGAGUUACCAAAAAAUUACUGGAAUUUUUGAACUUUCAAUUUGAAACUCAUGAAAUUUAGAUUUCUCAACAUCGCUUCAUCGAACUUCUUCCAUGGCACAGUUCUGCACAAAUUAUAAUCCGGUAAGUUUUUUCAUAUCAUAAAAUAAAUGAGAAUAUCUGAAAUAUCCAAUGAAAAACUAAUAAAAUUUAGAAUUUUCUUGAUUUUUUUUUUUGAUUAGAAAAUCUUGAAAAUUCUCAAUUUCAUCAUUUAUUUUUCGGAAUUUCAGCGGAGAUGCGGAAGCUAUGCCCAAUUUUUGAAUUUUUUAUCAGAAACUUGAAAUGUUUUGCAACUCUAAAAACUUUCAAUUGAAUUUUCAGACCAAUCAAAAUUGUCAAAUCGAUGGAUUGUCUGCCAAUAAUUCAUCUGAGAACAAUGAAGUCACUUGGAAUUCAUCAAAUUAUGAAAAAUAUUCGAGCAAAAAUUAUAAUUGUUAUCAAUUUCCAUUUUAUUUUUUUAUAUUUCAACACCCAAAAAAGAGGUGAGAUUUUUUGCUUUAUUUUUUCAGAAAAAAAUAUUCAAAUUUUCAGAAUUAUAAUGAUUUAUGGUGAUUUUUUUGGUCGAUUCUCAACAUUCUGUGUCGAAAAUUCUGGAGAAGUUAUUUGAUUCAACUUUUUGAAUUUUGGUGAGUGACAAAAAAUUAAUCAAAAAUCUGGAAUUUCAGUUUGAAACUGAUAAAACUUGGAUUUUUCUUGAUUUUUUUGAUGCAGAAAAAUCUUGAAAAAUCGUAGAUUUUAAGUUUUUAUUCAAAAACCUGGGAUUUUUCCAACGAAAAUUCAUUUUUUUUUGUUCCAGAUUGUCAGUCAGCAAUCUCGCUCCAACCGAAAUACCAACAAAUUCAACUCCGACUCAAUUAUAAUGAGUAUUUGGUUCGUGAAAUGUUGUCGCUGGCAUAAAAUUCGGAAAAAUAUCACAAGAAUUGUGGUGCUUCCGAAGUUUCGAACAAAACGAAAUCCAGAUUUUUGGUGAGUUUUUUAUUUGGAAAAUUUAAAUUUGAUGUUUAAAAACAAUUGCUCGAACUUUUGAAAUAUCCAAUUAAAAGCCACGUGUCAAAAUUUAGCUUAACUCAAAUUUUUUCCAGGCAAAAACAUGGAACAACACUUUUCGGAUGUGAUUUUCAACGAUUUGAAAAUUCAAAUUUCGAAAUUGAAACUCGAACACAGUUUUUCGUGCUUGGAAAUUCUCUGGAUGUGUUUUGAUGGAGCUGAAAGUGAUGAGCGAACUAGAAAAUUAUAA